AUGGACGACGACCGCGACGCCCGACGGAGGUCCAGCGCGACCUCGCCCAUGAGUCGUCGUACUACCGCCGCCGCCGAGUCUUCGACGGCCCGCGAUGGUGAUGGACUUUCCGAGAGUUUCCAGUCCACUGACACCGUUAGGAGGCGGCCUGAGAGCUCAUACGGCACCAUGACCAACACCCCAGAAACCCAGCCAUCCGCUCAGGAUCCGCCGCAGACUCCUCGUCAGUCGCAGCCCAGCCGACCGGCCGCCAGCGACCGUACAAAGUCGUUUCCACGUCCGCGAAAGCCGCCUCUGUCGAGACGCCCAUCCUCGAACACUCCCCAUCGCCGCAGUGUCUUUUCCGCCCAUGACGACCCCCACGAGGUCGAAGCAGAUGCUGCUGAGCGAGGAUACACCUCCAGGCGCCGACAACCACCCCCAAUCACACUAUCUCGCGUGCAGUCGCAACGAAACGAGUCCACGCCAGAUAAGGAAACGAGCGCUGCUAGCACCCGCCCGAGCUCCAUCAAGGGCAAUGGGGAAGACGACAUUGACGAGACUGACGAGCACGAGCACGAAGAACUUGUUCUUGAGGAACAUGUCGACUGUGACUCCGACGGCGACAUCAGCGAAGCCGAGAGCUUCACGCUCAAGGACCGCCAGCAAGCCAUCAACCAGACCCAUCCCUUUGGUAUCAGGGUCUGGAAGCCUGCUCUGUAUAAAAAGGACCGUUCUAUUCAAAAGUCGGCUGAAGGCGAUAUUCACUCAUCCCCAGGUGGAAACGUCAACAAAUGGCUCGUUUUGUUCAACUUGAUUUGGACUCUCUGCUUUGGUUGGUGGAUGGCCCUUUUUGCUGCGUUUGGCGCCAUCAUGUGCCUGCUCUUCGCUGCGGCUCCCAGCGGCAGAGAGUAUGGCCGUGUUCUUUGGGGUCUUGCUGGCUAUCUCUUUUAUCCUUUUGGCAAGUAUGUCCGUCUGGAGAAAGAUGAGCAGUACAUGCACGAAGACGCGGAUGAGGGCCGCAGCAUCUCCGAAUAUGAGCAGUGGCAAUCUGGCGAUCUGGAGUAUGGUCGACUUUUUUUCGGACCCGACCGCACUCGAUCCAUUGUUGGACGCUCGCGAAGCAGCAUUGACUCAGAACGUGACGAAACUGACAGCCUGCUUGGCCGCGGAAGACGCUCGGACAACCCGAACAACGCACGAAUGAAGCGACGACUGUUUGGCCGAGGAGAAUGGAACAUUGGUCGUGUCAUCUUCUUUCUCUUCUUCUACUGCCUCAUCUCGCCGUCUCUUAUUGUUGUCUCGUUGGUUUGCUGGUUCCUCGUCUUUUGGAUUCCCAUGGGCAAGGUAACUAUGCUGCUUUUUGAUCACCUGCGCCGCCACCCCCUUGCGCUUUCGUUUGAGUCGCAUCUGGAUUAUGCAAGGUCGACUGAUGGUUCUGAUUCAUCUAUCCUCCUCUGCACUUACCGCGCUGUAGGUAUCAAGUACUGGAAGUACACCAUCGAUGGAACAAACGUCUUCCUUAUCAAUCUCAUGGCCGUGGUGUUUUUCGUCAUCUUUGACUGGGCUGUGCUGGAUCGAAUGCUGCAUUUGAAAUCGUUCAUCACUAGCCCUGCGUUUCUUUUCAUUGCUGGCCUUGUCUCCAUCAUCCCUCUUGCGUACUUCAUUGGUCAAGCCGUCGCUUCCAUUUCGGCACAAUCCUCCAUGGGGCUUGGUGCCGCUAUCAACGCUUUCUUCGCGACUGUGGUGGAAGUAUUUCUGUACUGUGUUGCUCUAGGCCAAGGCAAAGCUCAGCUCGUGGAAGGAAGUAUUGUGGGCAGCAUCUUUGCCGGUAUUCUCUUCCUCCCAGGACUGUCAAUGUGCUUUGGUGCUUUGAAGCGCAAAACGCAACGAUUCAAUGCCAAGUCGGCAGGUGUGACAUCGACAAUGUUGCUCUUUGCCGUUGUCGGCGCUUUUGGCCCGACCCUUUUCUACCAAAUCUAUGGCACACAUGAACUGCAGUGCCUCGGCUGCGAAGACUUUGGGGAGAUUGGUGGCCGCCCCGAGGGACGCGACUGUCGUCGAUGCUAUUUUUCACAGACGCCGGCUCUCGACGAUCGAUUCUAUCUCGAAGCUGUCCGACCGUACUGCUACAUGGCAGCCUUUAUGCUUUUCUUUUCGUAUCUUAUCGGCCUCUGGUUCACCCUUCGUACGCACGCCGCCGUUAUCUGGAACUACGAGGUCGAGGAGAAACGUCAAGAGGAGCAACUGCACGCGUCCUCGGUUUUGAGAGCCUCACAGCCCUCUGCAGCCGAAACAAGCAGUACAGACAUUCGGGAUACGCACCUAUACAAGCGAAUCCUAGGCCAGUCCUUGAAGCAAGUUGGUCUUCCAACUCAAGAACCCAGUCGUCAGCCUUCUGCUAGCGGCCCUGACGCUGCAGCAAACGGGGCGCCCAGCACCCUGCACUUUGUGCCACCCAAAAGCGCUGGCGCCGAGGGCCGCUCAUUGGGAAAAGCAACCGCUGGUCUUGGCCAAGGAGACAACUCGGCCCUCGUGCGCGAGGUUGCGGAGAUUGCCGCGACUGCUGCUACCAUCGCUUCGCGGGACCGCCAUCACAGCCGAAAGCCGUCUUUUAUUCCACAAUCGACAAAACAUACGGCAUCUCGUGCCGGGGUCUUUGAUGAGGACCCUGCCGGGCAUGGCGCUGCUGGUCACGGCGGCCACGAUGCUCCAAAUUGGGGCCGUGGCAAGAGUUCAUUUAUUCUCUUGUCCGCCACCAUUCUCUAUGCUAUUAUUGCUGAGAUUCUCGUUGACACGGUCGACGUCGUUUUGGAGAAUUUCUCGAUUGAUCAAAAGUUUUUGGGCAUUACGCUUUUCGCAUUGGUGCCAAACACGACAGAGUUUCUGAACGCUAUUUCGUUUGCUAUGAACGGCAACAUUGCGCUGUCGAUGGAGAUUGGCUCUGCCUACGCCCUCCAAGUUUGCCUGCUUCAGAUCCCCGCGCUUGUUCUAUACUCGGCACUGUACCCCUACAGCGGUCCGGCGGGCAGCGACAGCAGCGAAGCGUCCAUGUACACAUUUUCGCUCUUGUUCCCGCAGUGGGACAUGGUGACUGUGAUCCUCUGUGUGUUCUUGCUCAGCUACGUCUAUGGCGAAGGCAAGAGCAACUACUUCAAGGGCAGUAUCCUGAUCCUCACGUACCUGGUGGUGGUGAUUGGGUACUACUUUAGCGGGUUCACGUCGGAUGUAUUGGGCACGGAGCGAUUUGAUGUGAUGGGUGCGAACGGACAGUACACAUCGUUCAAGACGAUUGGACGCACGACGAAGGGACGCGCAUACUAG